AUGCUAGGCUCCACACCAGCUCUGCAUCUCGCGUCCGCCCUCGAGAUUACGCCCUGCCUCCUGCUUCCUGCCGCGAGCCCAUCCCAAUCGCAAGCCAAGCGUCUCCCAAGCUGCCGGGAUCGCUGUACCGCUCGCAAUGUCGGUGAUUCUCUGCACAGAUUCUGGGAAGCCCUCUCGGGCAUUUGCUCCCGCACAAUCCAGCACCAGGACUCGCAGGUCAACCGCCUGUGCAUCUCGCCCGACAAGCGGUACCUCGCGGCCGCCGGAAACCAGGUCGUCAAGCUCUACGACAUCAAGUCGACCAACCCGAGCCCCGUGCUGACCUUUGAGGGCCACACGGGCAACAUCACUGGCGUCGCCUUCCACUGCGAGGGCAAGUGGAUGGUGACGAGCUCUGAAGACGGCACCGUCAAAAUUUGGGAGACACGGACCGGCACCAUUCAGCGCAGCUACAGUCACGGCUGCCCCGUCAACGACGUCGUGAUCCAUCCGAACCAGGGCGAGAUUAUCAGCUGCGACCGCUCCGGCUACGUCCGCGUCUGGGACCUGGCGGAGAAUACAUGCGCGCACGAGCUUACGCCCGAGCCCGACGUCUCCGUGUCGAGCGUCACGGUGGCGAGCGACGGCACGCUGCUCUGCGCUGCCAACAACAGCGGCAACGUCUUUAUCUGGAAGAUUGAGCAAGAGUACAAUGGUACCCGCAUGGUGCCCGUGACGCAGUUUUCCGCGCACAAGGAGUACAUUACCCGCGUCCUCCUCUCACCCGACGUCAAGAAGCUGGCCACGUGCAGCGCCGACCACACGGCCAAGAUUUGGGAAAUCAAGGACAGCCCGUCCAAGCCGGGUGAGCAGCCCAAGGCGCUACCCCUCGAGGCGACGCUCACGGGGCACCAGCGCUGGGUCUGGGACUGCGCGUUUAGCGCCGACUCGGCGUAUCUCGUCACAGCAUGUUCCGAUCACUAUGCGCGUCUCUGGGAGCUGCACAGCCAGCAGAUUAUCCGGCAGUACAACGGACAUCACAGGGGCGCCGUGUGCGUGGCCUUGAAUGACUACUCGGAAACACGCUAG